UGUUAUGGUCUGCUUGGCUGCUGAAACUGUUGUUUUUCAUUAUUAGAUUAAUUAAGUAAAUGAUGUAAACAUAGUUUGCAAAUUAAAAUAAAACUUGAUGGAAGUACUAGAUUCUUCUGAACAAGGUGGAUAAUGCUGCAAAGAUGGCGGUUAAAAAAAUUUCUGCCCAGAGAUUUCUUCCGUUUUGUGCGUUUGUUGCUACUUUUACGAUCGUCAUGACCAUCUUAGUGUGUUCCACCGACAUGCGGACUCGUCGAUACCAUAGACUCCUCAAUUUAAGUCUGGAGUCAGACUUUCAGAAUGUGGCUCAAGAGGAUCCCCAGCUGAUAGCAUUCAUCCGUGAGCACCAUCUGAGACCUCCUCCACGACUCCACUCAAAACGUGUUAAUCUAGACGUUGAGGCUAUUCCGGAAAUUGGAGAACUCUUUGGAUGGAAGAAGGGGGGAGUGUUUGUGGAGGGAGGGGCAUAUCGACACAACAGCAGUUCAGAGACUGAGUGGCUAGAGAGAGCGUUGCAGUGGCGGGGGUUGCUGAUACAACCUGAUCCUCAGGAUUUCCGUCUGCUGUUGUCUCGCAAUCGCACGCGAUCCCAUGCAGCUAAUGUAUGUCUCAGCCCUACACCAAAUCCUAAACAGGUAUCAUUCCGAGAAGUACCAAAGAAUGUUUCUGACCCUCAGUUGACCAAAGUCCACUGUUUCCCCCUCUACUCUUUACUGCUGGCUUAUAACACCACGACAAUUGACUUCCUCAGUCUUAAAGCUGAGAAGGCUGAACUACAGGUGUUGAAGACUCUGCCAUUCUCACGAGUACGUAUCAAGGUGAUCAGCGUGUUGAACCCUCCAGACGAUAAGCAGUACGGGAACUCUCUACUUGUCCGCUUGAUGCGGCUGCUCUCUGUGCACGGGUACAAGCUCAACCGGUACGCCAGCAUCAACAACCGCUGGGUCUUUGUGUGUUCUCGAGGAUACUCCGGUUGUUCGGCCCUCCGAGUCAACCAAUAACGGACCAAGUGUAUGCCUUCAAGUAUCAGACUGUUGUACCCGGAGACAGUUUCAUCAUUGGAAUUCGUCUUUGACAGCAAUUCAUCUUCCAGAUGCUGUCCAAAGCACCACAAACAACUGAUUAUCUUCUUGUCAUUAUCGUACUUCCAAAUUUGAAGUUUUGAAUGGGUUCUUCACAUACUUAUUUCUUCAAAAUAACACUGCGCUCACCCUCACCUCUUUAUUUUCCUCUUUCUUUUGCUUACUCUUUUCUCUUCGUUCAUCUUCCACUGUCUUAAAACAUCCUGUGAAGAAAAAUUGUUUCACCCUUUGACUUAACCACUGAGAAAAGGUUAACCAUAAAAGGACAAUUUUGAAUAGUAUAGACUUUUUAUAGAAGGUAAAGACACAACAUUUGCAAUUAAGAAGUCCAUAAGGACAUUAAAGGUCCCAUCAAAUCGAUAUGGAUUGCUUGUAGUAUGUACCAUUUUAAGCAAAUUUCAUGAUUAAAAGAGCUACAAACUAAUAAAUAAGGCAAUCUAGAAAUGAUACGUUAGAUUAUUUGAGAUUGAGAAAAAUUACGCAGCAGAAAGACAUAAGAGUAGCUUAUGAAUAGCUUAUCAAGAGCCAAGGAUUGAGUAGAAUCUGUUACAAACCAUAUAGAUUUUUUUAAUAGGUUGGUAAGUCGCAAAAACAGGGCUGCCAUUGUGGAAGUUCAGGCUUGCCAUGUUAGGGUUAAAUCCACUUCUCCAACUUAAAUAAUCUCAAAAGAAGAUGUUGCAAAUAUUAUUGUUUAUUGAUUUUAGUGUUUAGUUUAAUUGAAAGGUUCCGCGAGUUUGUGUAAGAAUAUUUAGGAACAGUGAGCGAAAAGCAGCAAUUUCUGCCUUGUAAAAUAUUUAAAUCGUGUAAAGUAGCAACAAAAUGUUUGCUGACGUAUUGUCGACACAUGUGUUCCCAGAAAAUACUGUGGUUCACUUAAUCAUUUAAACUCAAAGCUACCACUGGUGUUCAAGCAAAAGCGUAAACCUGCUAAUUUAAUCUAUAAAUUUAUAUAACAGUAUAUAAUGUUAAAAAGGAUGAUAAAUAAUUUUAGUCUAUUAAACAAGAUUUAACUUAGAAAAAAAGGUAUUUUAUAUUAUCUCAUAAAAAGAGUGUUUUUUUCAGGAAGGUAGUCAAGAGUUGUUUAUCAAUAUUAAUUGGUCCUUUUGUGCUUUAAUUAAGCAAUAUUGUGCUCUAUGUAUAUAUUAAAUUUGUGUUUAAACACAAAUGCGGUUUUGUUGUGAACACUUUGCUGUAAAGUGAAGUGGAAUUUUAAGGGAAAGAUUAUUAUAAAAUUUAUAGUAUAAGUACAGUGAGUUAAGAACUGGUAAAGUAGAAUAGGAAUACACACGUAAAUAUCAUGUUUAGAUUAUUCCAUGAACUCUGGAAUGUAGUGAUAAUAGCAUAAACUCAUCCUUAUUUUGUUCACCAACUGUGAAAAGCAUUUUAAAUGCUUUGCUUCCAGCAUGUUUCCUUUCUUCUGUGUUCUUUAUUUGAAAUAACCUAUAGUUAAUUUGUGGUCAGAUUAUAGACAUAAUCUGUUUGAAUAAGGUUGUGUAUACAGUUAUUGAUUCGUGUUAAUAAGACUGAAACAAUAUUUAAUUAACCUUUUUAUUCGCUAAGAGUUAUAUUAAUAAUUUUUUCAUUUUCUAAAAAUUACUAACUGUAUCAUCUAGUACAAUAUGAACAAGAUUUAAUCUUACUUAAUGCUGUUAAAAAAUUAUUAAAAAAAAACAUUAGCUUUGUGUACAUUAUUACUCAUUAUCCAAACAAUUUACUUCAUUAUAAAAUAAUUUUAAAAAUUAAACGAUUUAGUAACUAUUGAAUAGUAAUUUUAUAUGCAUAUUUAAAUGUAUAGUACAACACUAUUUUUUUUUGUGUUUUGGGUUUUUUUUUGCACACAGUGAUUGUGUAAGUUUUUAAAAUUAAAUUUUACCAAAGAUUUACAAUCAUGACAAGUAUUUAUUAGUAUUUUUACUUUUAUAUUAUAAUUAUUUAUGUAAAAAAGUAAGUAGAAAUUAUGGUAGCUAGCUAUACUUAAAACUUUUUUGUAUUUGAUAUGUUAAUCUUUUGUACAAAAAAGUAAGUAAGCAUGCAGUAUUGUUAACUAUAGGUAGAUAAUUAAAUUGAUUAUACAAUUGGUUAGUUUAAAAAAUGUAUGAUGAAUAUACUCAACUUGUUCUAAUGA